AUGAGCUCCGGUUGCGUUUUCUUUGUGUGCCUUACACUGAUUUGCGUGAUCACUGCUUUUAAGUAUGUUGUUGAUCUACAGUAUGAUAACAAGGGUAAGCCGUUUGUCUACUUUUCGGGAAGGAGAUAUUAUCAGACUGGAGACAAGACGGUCACAUUCUUAGAAACUGAUGGUUGCAUUAGCACAGUUUAUCUGGACUGGCCUGCCGUUCCAGAAAAUAUUGGCGUGGUACAUGUGGAUCAACACAAGUAUGUUGUUGAGCUGCAGUAUGAUAACAACGGUAAGCCAUUUGUCUACUUUUCCGGAAGGAGAUAUUAUCAGACUGGAGAAAAGACGAUCACCUUCCCAGAAAAAGAUGGUUGCAUUACCACAGUUUAUCUGGACUGGCCUGCUGUUCGAAAAAAUAUUGGCGCUGUAUAUGUGGAUCAACAUAAAACAUGCGAUUAA